UGAACUUUAUAGAAACACAAAAUGACAGAUGCCGUACUUUCAAUUUCAUAUAUAUAUUUAACAGACUAAUAACGCUAAAGUAUGACAACGCUUCACCCGGCAGGUUCACUUCGUGUCUCCAUGGCUCUGGAAUGGAUCAUCCGUAGAGCGUACCACACGCUGACGUAACGUUGACGCCCACAUUGAGCGCAGAGGCUUCUGGGAAGAAAGGUCAAGAAUCGAGGCACGGAUUUACUGCUGCAUCAAAGAUUAUCGCUUUGUAAAACGCACUAAUGGUACUGGGAAAAAAUACUUUACUAUUUCAAAUAAGACAUGUAUGCAUUGCUUCCUACAAUACAGCAAACAUUACCAUACAUUUUAAUUUAAACGUUUUUUUAGACUCAGUCGGACUAGCUGCCGUUAGCUAGCUAACGUUAGCAGCUGCAUUGUUAUUGUUUUCGCUUCAUUAGCGGCCAUAAAACAGAUGCCCCGAGGUUCCGAGGCAGGGGUCCGGACUGCCUGAGUGAUGUUUUUUUGUCCGUCUCGGGAAGAUGGAUGAGAAGUCCGGAAGCAGCAGCCACCACCGGCUCCUGAUCGUCCUGCUCAUGGUUUUGCUCUUUGGCGUCAUUAUGGUCCAGUAUGUGUGCCCGAGCAGGUCUGAAUGCGAGAUGCUGCACCAACUAGGGUCCUGGUUCAAGGACGGAGGCGGUGUAACUGGUUCCAGGAGCGGCAGUGGCAAUGAUAUCCAGGACGGGCUGCAAAGAGACCCGUACAUCGCAGAAGACGGUGCUUUGAUACGCUUUGUCCCUCGAUUCAAUUUCACCAAAGCCGAUUUAAGUCGUGGUGUAGACUUCAACAUCAAAGGAGAUGAUGUUAUAGUGUUUCUGCACAUUCAGAAAACGGGUGGUACAACGUUUGGUCGACACCUGGUGCGGAAUAUUCAACUGGAGAGGCCAUGCGAGUGUCACGCAGGUCAGAAGAAGUGUACAUGUUUCCGGCCAGGUAAAAAGGAAACAUGGCUGUUUUCCCGUUUCUCCACCGGCUGGAGCUGCGGGCUUCAUGCGGACUGGACCGAGCUGACCAGCUGCGUCCCGUCGCGCAUGGACUCACGAGAGGCUCCCGAGAACAUGCCCAGUAGGAACUAUUAUUAUAUAACCAUUUUAAGAGACCCAGUUUCACGCUUUCUGAGCGAGUGGCGUCAUGUGCAACGUGGUGCUACAUGGAGGGCCUCCUUACACGUGUGUGAUGGACGUUCACCGACGCUGUCUGAACUGCCGAGCUGUUACUCAGGAGACGACUGGUCGGGUUGCUCCCUGCAGGAGUUCAUGGACUGCCCCUACAACCUGGCCAACAACCGGCAGACCCGCAUGCUGGCUGACCUCAGCCUGGUGGGUUGCUACAAUGUUUCCACCAUGAGUGACGAAGAGCGCUGGGCACUGCUUCUGGAGAGCGCCAAACGUAAUCUACGCGGCAUGGCCUUCUUUGGGCUGACCGAGUACCAGCGUAAGACCCAGUAUCUGUUUGAGCGUACCUUCAACCUGGAGUUCAUCGCACCCUUCACGCAGCUCAACGGCACACGCGCCUCCAGCGUUGACGUCCCCUUUGAGACACAACACAGAAUCCUCCAGCUGAACCGAUGGGACGUGGAGCUGUACGAGUAUGCCCGUGACCUCUUCCUGCAGCGUUUCCAGGUGGCGAGGCAGCAGGAGCGCAGGCAGGCCAGGGCGAGGCGGCAGCAGGAGAGGAGGCGGCUCCGUGGAAGGCUCACGACAAAACAAGGGAGGCAGCUGAAGCCCACAGACACACCCCGCCAGCCUGCGUGCCGCUCUGUAGUACCUGAGGAGCCGCUGAGGGGGAAGGCUGGUGGAGACAGUGCAGAGUCAGAAGUGCUGCUCCCAGACUGGUGGGAUCAGGAUGAGAAUGGCACCAUGGAGGAUUACAUGGACAAUGUGGAGCAGUGGUAGUGACGGGAACAAGGAGGGUGUCUUAAUACUACGUGUGCCAAGUUCUGCCUUGUCUGUUGUUAAUGAAACAAAGUUAUUUUUAGUAUAUGCCUUUACACUACAUUUUCUUUUUUCUGACCAAGAACAAACUACACACAUUUAUUUAUUGAUACUGAUUGUAUUUCUUUGGCACAACUGACAUUCAUAAUGAAUACAUUUCCUUCACUGAAAGAAAGGCUAGUCUAGGAACCUGCUAACCUUUUACCUUUCAGUGACCACACAAGCCUUCUGGACUGUUCUGUUCCCAGAUGCAUAAAACCACUUAGACUAAGGUUGCCCUUAAAUUUGCAUAAAAUCACCAUCAGGAUCUCCUUAAGAUGUUGUAAGGGGAAGUCCAUUGAAUCUCUAAGUGUUUGUACUUAGCUACUUAAGUAUUCCCUUAUGCGUUGUCCUUAAUAGCCAUUUUCCUCAGAAAAUUUCAAGGGCGCCAUACCAGUCUCUUAAAAGUGAAAUAAUUUCUGGAACACAAGACAAUGGCUGAAUUUAUAGGGAUUGAAGAAGACGAGGAGAUACCAAGAAGCAUUUUUCGGGACAGGGAAAACCCACUGGACACUUUGAGCAUUGAGCAAGUACAGAUUUGAUCUUCAAAAUCUCUAUUAUAUUACACAUUAUAAUUAUAUUGUAUUCUUUGAGGAGGACAACAUUCUCAUCUGUCCAGUUUGGCUUUAUUUUUAUUUUUGUAUUCUUUUUGUUGUCCAUUUUGGAAAAGCUAGCUAACACUGACAAUAAUGCUAUAAAGUAACGUUAAAGGAUGGUGACGUGAGUGAAGCGUAACCACGGUAACCGAUGUGUGUGUGUGUGUGCGGUAUUAUGACAGUAACUACCGUGAAAGCCUUAGUCUGGACACUUAGGCUAGGAGACGACCUAAGAGGCUUUAUGCAACGCUCCUAAAUAAACACCUGAGCUAUUUUGCAUAAAUGACAAACUUAAUUUUCAAGGUAGUUUAUGCAACAAGGCACUGACCUUUUAACACUGAACUCUUGUAAUGUAGCUUGGGAUGAGGAGGUGUCUAUUUUAUUUGUUAAGAAGAACAAUGUAAUGCUUGUUUCUAUCAAUAAUAUGCUACUGUUUGUGAUUUACAAUCUAUAUGUUUGCCAAAUUGUUAUCUUGUCUGAAAUGCGUACAUUUUAAAAUGUACUUGUGUUUUUAAGUGUAUUUUAAGUAACAGAAAAGGAGAAUUUCCAUACAUACCUCAUUGUGUAGCAUUAACUGCUAAUGUUGUAAAAUUACUGAAUGUGAUCCAAGUCUCAGUUUUUUAUAUAAAAAUGCUUUUACAUUC